GCUUUUAAGGUGUCUGCAAUUGUGGACUUGGAUAAAUUUAUUAAUCAUGAACUUGAGUCAGUUGGCUAAUUUAUGUCAAUGUUGAUUUUACAAAAUCUUUGUAGCAUGGAACAAUUGAUGAAGAAUAAUUCUUAGCUGCACUCUUUCAGGCUCUAGGUUUUGUUGGCCUGUGAGUAUAGAAGAUUUGGAGGAAAAACAGAAGCCAAGUGAGUCAACCGUGGAUUGCUUAGCCAGAGGGUUAAGUAGAAAACUCUCCAUUCCUUACUCAGGUUGUUUUGACUUAAUCUUACAAAAAGGUGAAAGUCAGAGCAGUCUUGUGAAGUAACAUAUCAGUCACCUGGCUGUGUAAAGUUGAUGUUUCCACUCCUUCAAAACCUAAUGCACCUGCAUAGCAGACUACACACAGUGAAGCCAAGUGCCUAACAAAUUUGAAAUUUCUUUCUGAUCGUAAUUCAUGUUGAAAUAUAGAUUUCUGGCUCUUCCCAGAUUUGCUUUGGGUUGGUUGAAGCACCUACUCUAACAUCACUGCCAAAAAAGCUACAAGUGGGGUUUGUGCUGUUGCAUGUGAUAGUUUGAACUUUCUCCUGUUUUGUGAGUGAUCUUAAGUUCUGCUUUUGAAGUUUCAUACGACCUAUGGAAGCUGUCUGCUUAAACAAGUAAAUGUAGGCAAAAUCUGCUCUGAAGCUUACAAUAUUCUUUGGCUCUUCACAGUAGUUACACAAAUAUGGGUGGAAGUGUUAUCUAGAGGAUACAUUUUGCUGUUCUACUUCCCAUUUAAAGUGCAGAAUCAUGGUAAAGCCUGAUUGCCUGCUAUGCUCCUAGUAAGUUCCUCUAACAAGCAGAUAAGUUUCUAAGGUACAGUUCAAAAUUCCUUUUUUAUGCUCACACGAGUUUAGAAACUCACAAGAGAGUAAAAUAGUUAAACUCCAUAGUAAAUGAUAUGCAUGCUCUAUGAAACUAAGUUCAAGACUGAUUUGUGACUUUUAACACUUUUAAUGCUAAAAGUAUUAAUGUAUUUCUUGUGGCAUCCUUUAGUAGCCUAAGAAAUAUUAAGGAGAUGGUAGAGUCUGUAGACCAGAACAUGGUCAAUGGCCAGCCAGGUAAUUUCUCUCGCUUUGUUAAAUCCUGCGGUUCUGCUGUGGUCUUGGGUUGAGUUGAUGCGGGUUGAGAUGCCAGUCAGGACUGGAAACAGAAGUUUCGUGGUGCAUUUCUGCUCUGCAUGCAGGGUUGUACUUGUGCACUGCUUGUAGCAGCUCAUGAGCUGCCUGCUCUGUGGGCUCUAGGCUGAAUUACUUGCCCUGAGUAUGUAGGCAUGUGCUUUUCGUCAGCUGGCAUGAGGUGGGGAAUGGGUAGGAUUGGGGCCAAGCUGGCUUUGGAGUGUCUCUAUCCAGGUGGAGGUGGUGUUUGUGUUAUGUGAGAUGGUUGGUUUUGGAGGGCAAGGGGAUUACAAGGAGGGUGAGAUUCUCUCUUUUUGAGAUUCUCUCUUUUUAAGAUUCUUGUUUGGCAUGGAAAAGUCUUUGGAAGGUUGAAAUCCCAAGGGCCUUUUUGGGGGACUUAUUGGAUGAGUUGUAGAAAGCCCAGUAAGAGCUUGCUUUGUGGCAUCAUGCUGCUGGUAGUUGAUACCACUGGAAACUGUGUCUUUCCUUUCUCAAGGAAGGGGUGCAGAUUUUACCAGUCUUCAGCACUCUGAUCCUAACCAAGAAUUUUUUUAAAGUACUACCUUUAACUUUUUUUUGAUGCAGCAGGCUUUUUAAUCCAUCAUGGUAUGUUCUUGUCAGCAUUUCAGGCACCUGAGAACUCUGCUGUCCCACCUGAUUUACUCCUUUGUAAGUGAUGGGAUUUGUACCCAUGUCUGUUUGUGGGGUUGGUAUGAGAGAGCUACGUCCUUGCCCCUGGAAUAGAAUGUGUUGGGAUGGAGCCCUCUUCUCCCCCAGCGUUCUUGGUGCUGAAGACUGAUGCAGUGUCAGCUAUUCCAGUUACAUCUGCAGAACUUGUCCAGCUAUUCCAGCAGUCCCAGCUGCUUCUUCAUGUACUGAUCAGCCAGGUGCUUGACUUCCAGGUUUCUGAUACGCUUGGACUUGCUGAUUUCACUAAUGUUUCUGGCACUUCAACAAGGAUGUUGGUGUUUCAUUUGUCAGUGAUGAUAAAGCUUUUCUUCCAGUUGGAUGCAUCUAUUUGUCCUGAGAAAUGUGACUGCUCUUCAAAAAAUGCAAUUCAUUGCUCUGGUCCCCACAUAAAAGACCUGGAAUCGUUAAAUCUGCCUUGUGAUAUGACACAAAUUCACAUAACGGACACCAGUGUAAUGUACUUACAGGAUGUUUUUUCUAGGAUGGCAGAAUUGCAGCAUCUCAUCUUAUCUUCAAACAACAUCUCUCUGAUUUCACCAAUGGCUUUUAAAGGCUUGAGAAGGCUAAAAGCCCUCAAACUGCUAGAUAAUAAGCUGAUCGAACUUCCUCUGGAAAUAUUUGAUGACAUGGAGCAACUUCAGCAGCUGAUCCUCGAAAACAACAGGUUAAAAUCCAUUGGAGAAAAUCUGUUUGAUAGACUAGCUAGUUUGGAAGAACUUUUCUUGAACAAAAACCAACUAACAGCACUUCCUAGUGGCGUGCUGAAGAAACUCGCCAAACUUAAAGUACUGAACUUGUCAAGAAAUUCUUUGGCAGCACUGCCUACAAAUAUAUUUUGUGCAUUAACCAGGCUUGAGAAGCUGAUGCUGUAUUUUAACAGGCUGUCUUCAAUAGAGACUGGUGUGUUUGAUAGCCUGAAGGAGCUGCUGGAACUCUUCCUGCAUUCCAAUAACAUCCAGUCCAUUGCCCCUGAUGCAUUUCAUUGUCUUCGUAAACUCAGAAGCCUAACACUGUCCAGAAAUAAGCUUGAGGUUUUGCCUCCUGGGCUCUUUCUGCACUUGCAUGACCUAUCUAAGUUGACCUUAUACAGGAACCCACUAAAGUCUCUUCCAGAAGUACUGUUUGGAGAAAUGAGGCAUCUAGGUAGCCUGUGGCUGUAUCACACAAGGCUCUCAACAAUACCAGAUUUUGUGUUCAGUAAUUUGACAAAUUUAGAGCUUCUUGUGCUGAGUUUUAAUCCAGAGCUCAGUGUUCUCCCUAAGAAUGUGUUCAGUGGUCUAAACGAGCUGCGGGGCCUUUCUCUGCAUACAAAUAAUAUUUCCAGUCUGCCAGAGGGCAUUUUUCUGAGCCUUCAGAAACUGCAGAACAUUUCCCUUUUUGGUAUGCGCCUUGAGGCUCUUCCUAGAAACCUUUUUCAUAAUCUCAAGCACCUUCAGAAAGUUUAUCUCAAUAGUACUAAGCUGCAGUCCCUUCCUGGAGACUUCUUUACCACUUUACAUGAGCUGCAGGAAGUCUUCCUUGAUGACAACCCUUGGAAAUGUGAUUGCCAAAUUCUUGGCUUCCAAGAGUGGCUUCAAAAGAGCGUGGAGAUAGUUAAAAAUGUGCCGUCUCUAAUGUGUGACAGCCCGCUGGCACUACAGAAUAUUUCUCUUGUGGCUUUAACAGAUGAUCACCUGAAGUGCCGGCCGACCACAGCCAGCAUGUACCAGAUGUUCAGCUCAACUUAUUCCCAGGCUUUGACUUCCCUUGUGAUGGAGCACUUGACGUCCUCUUGGGAGACUGCUGGGAAGGCGGUGUUCACCAUGGAUACAAGCACACCUACGUCAAUUCCACUUGCAGCUCCAGGUUUUACUUACUCACACCCUGAAGAUAUGAGACAGCCUCGCUUUCAUUUCUCAGAUGUUUCAACCCAAGCUUCUCCCAGCUCCACAGUUGAAACCAAAAGUGGCAGUGGAAAAGAUUUAACUACUCCCACCUGGUGGGAAAAGUUGUCAGCCCGCGGGAGUGCUAAGCCCUAUUUUAAUACCAGAGUUGCUUAUUGUCAGCUAUUCUUGUGCCUUCACAGUUUGAUUUUAGCACUCCAGACUGUAACCAUUGUGCUUGGUUGGUAUGCGAUGGGUAAAGCCAGGCAACUCUUGCACUCCAGAAAUACUCCUGCUCAGCCUGUAGUUCUGACAGAAUUUUUAAGGCAUUGAGGAAUACCAGCCAAAGAAAGGAGCAGAAACAUGGUUUUGAAUGCAUUUCAAGCAUUUGGGAUGUUCACUCUUGAUUCAGAUAUGGAUUACAAAUCUUCAUAGCAAGAAUCAUAAAGACCAUGUCUUUACAGUGUAAUGAAUAUGCGCUUUUCUGUACCUUACAGUCUUUGUCAAAAGUGAUUGUAAUCACUGUGCGUUGCUACAGCAUUUUGUGUGUGAAUCCAGAUUGAGAGCUGAAAGAAAAUAUGUGGUCACUUCUGUGAGUUCCCUGCUUUGGACUGCAGCCCUGUCCCUGCCAGACUCCCCCGCCUGCUGUUGUGCUCACACUGCUCAGGUGGAAGUGGCCUUUCUGACGGACCUGCUGCAAUGAAUUCUGUUUGGAAUAAAAAUGGCAACAACGUAAGGAAGUCUACGUGAGAACAAGGCUUCAACGGAGCUUUAAAGGUUGCCUGUAGUUCUCCAAAUGUUAUUAUGCUUUAUACCACCUGCAGUGUUUUCUCUUCUUUUUGAGAAAAUAAAUGGUAUUUUGGGGAGGAGAUGCUGGGAAAGACCUCUUAAACAUGGGGAGGAGGUGCUGAAUGAUAUGGUGCAAGUGUCUUAGUAUUCGCUUUCUAUACUCAGCCCCUUUUCAGGACAUGACAGGAGGAAGAGGUACCAUUUAAAGCUAAUGGUGCUGGACUAGGAAGUAUAAUUGUGAUGUAUUCUGUUGUUUGUUUGUUGUUUUGAAGGUCUGUAAUAUUACUUAAAAUUCAGAUUCGUAGUAAACUCUUUCACCCUACAGCUUUGACUGGUGGUCUGAAAAAGCAAGGUGUUACUCACUGCUUGUUGAAGUCAAUCUUGAAACUGGAAUCCCAGGCAGAUAUCCAGGACUGCAGCUUCGCCCCAGAGGUAUAGUGGGUUUGAGAGCCGGUGUGAGCUGAGCUGGGAGAUAAAAGGAGUGAUCUGCCCUGGGCUUGGCUAACAAAUCAGGCAUGCAUGCAAGUAGUAGGGAACCUGCCUGAACUGCUGCCACCUUUUCUGAAGUUGCCUGGGGAACAUAUGAAUCUUCAUCAAAUUUCCAUGUGCUGUAGCAUGUUCAGUCAUAUUUGGCCUCUGUACUUGUUACCCUUUCUUAUUCCAUAGUACUACUUCCCUGGUUUCCAGGCCUUUCAAGGCGAAGGCAAAUUCUAGGUAAUAGUGUGGGGUUUUGUCUUCAUACUGAAAUGUUUAUGCCUAUUUUGAAUGAUAUGAAUAUUUUAGUUUGCAAGUAGACUGGUAGCUGUCAGACUGCACGUGCUU